GUUAAUUCAGUCUGGUUCAAUGACCGACUGUUCCUCAACACUGGCCGCUUUACUGCCAACUGCAGAUUUUACUGCAUCGCUUGGCAAUUCAGACGAUCACGUCGACGUAUCUUCAUUCACAACAACAUCCGAAAGCACAUCACCUCCAUACAGUAGUUCAGAGCAUCACAGUCCUACAGAUCAGAGAACUGAAACACCAACAUCAGACUCUGGAAAUGCAUCGUUCUCGCCUGAAAAUGUAGCGACAAGCUUCGAAAGUAGCGACCGUGAUGCUUCUCCAGAUAAUCUUUCCACGUCAUCAGCACAUUUGAAUGAUCUUCAAGAGAAAGGUGUUGUGGUAGAUGAAGAACUUCAGAGACAACUUCUUCGAUUUCAUCAAGAUUUCAAAGAAUCAUUAAUGGAAAAUAAUCAAAAUACAAUCAAUAUGAUGUCUGCUGCAUUCAAUCAGCAACUUUUUAAGCAAACUCUUGCCAAUCUGAACACAGUAACUCCACAGCUGCCCGUUAACAUACCGACGGGACUUCCAAUGCCAGCAAGUCCAUGCACAACAGCAGCUUCUGCUCCAAGUGUAGAAUCAACGCCAACAAAAAGAAAACGACAAAGAAGAAAUCCCGUAUGGCCAUAUUUUGAUGUAAUUGAUGGAACUGCACGAUGCAAACAGUGUCUGUAUAGCACUAAAAGUGUAUUCAGUACUAAUUUGAAAGUUCACUUAAGAUCACAUCACAGGCCCGAUUAUGAGAAAGUGAUUAUGGCGGAAGAUGCAUUGAAUUUAAAUGCUUUAUUGCUCAGUGGAAAUACGUCAAAAUUAUUUAAUGUUGAUGCAAAUAGAAAGAGAAUGCCACCAAUGACUUCCAGCAUUUUGAUGACUAUUAAUAAAUUGGCAAAUCAACAACAAAAUGGCGAAGAGAAUCCGCUGAACGCAGUUCUUCGUCAAACAAUUGCCAAUAAUGGAUUACAACAACAUCUUCAAAAUGUUCAAACUCAACUUCAAGCUGCUCAAGCAGCCGUACAGAAGCAACAGCAACAGCAACAACAGCAACAAAUUCAGCAACAACAGCAGCAGCAGCAACAGGGUGCAAUUCCACAGUUUGCAUUGAAUGCAGCCAACUUGGCAGCUUUGAAUCAACUUGCAAGAAAUCAAAUGCAGCCAACUCCACCACCCGUUCCACAAGUGUCUCAAGAUAACAUCAUAAAUACCCUCAAUUUCCCAGCUCACAUCAAACAAGAAAUUAUGAAUGCUCCACAUGGUACUGAUGCCAACGGAGUUCCACAACCAAAACGUCGUCGCCUUCGACGUCAUCCAGUUUGGGUUUAUUUCAAGGAUCUUGAAGAUAGAAUGGUUGGAUGUACAAACUGCGAGUUCAGAACUGGAUCCGCUUUCUCUACAAACUUGAAAAUGCACUUGAAGGCUCAUCACAAGGAUGAUUAUGAGAAAGUUCUUCAAUUGGAAGAAGAAAUGAGAUUAGAAGAAGGAUGUUUUGGACCUGGAAAUAAAUUUAAAACUGAACUUAUCGAUUAUAUCAGAGGUGGAGGUAAUGUGACAACACCACCAACUCCAAACUCUUCAAGUUUCCCAUCAACACCGAAAACACCUCAAUUAGUACAACAAAUUAUUAGUCAAUCAUUCGCAAGAUCUCAAUCACCAAAUGUUAUUCAAAAUGGAGAAAUCAAGAUUAAGAAAGAGUGUGAGGAUGAUAUGUUCAGUGGUCUCUCAUCCACUGACAAACUUGCUGCUCUUGUUGGAAUUGCUGGACAAGAAGUGAAGAAGGAGGAAGCUAUGCCAGCAAACUUUGAAGAGUUCCGCCAACGCCUUCUUGCAAACAGCUCGCUCUCAAGUUUCCUAGGACAGUCUACUGCUCAGCCAAUUGCUGUUGAUCUAAACGGAAGUGUUAUUGCUUCUGAAACUAAGUCACCGUGCUCUUCAAAUGAAGAUGAUCGGAAGCAAGAAAGAGAUAAAGCUUUGGCAAGACUCUGGGCAGACAACGAAACUCUUCUCACAAAUACUCACUUCCGCGAGUUUGUACAUUGCCUUGCUCCAGAAUACGAGAUCCCUGACGUUGAUAUUCUGGCAACUAGCCUUGUGGAUCAAUACUAAACAAUUCUAGAAAAUGAUUCUCCUGUUUCUUUUUUCUCAAUAUUCUCCAUUCCUACACCUAUGUAUGUGCAUUUAUUCGCGUUUUAGAGCUGAAUUCGUUGUUCUUUUUUUCCAUUUAGUAGAUGCAUUCUCGCAUUCAUGUUUUUGGGUCUUUUACGUCUUUCAUCAAACUUUCUUCUCACAUUGCCGCAAUAUUCUGAUAGGAUUCUGUCUCCAUUCUGAUACCUCAUAGCCCCACACACACACCCCCACACCUGAUUUGUACGUGGCCAUUGCUUCCCCUUUUCUAACUUUUAUGUCGGUGAACUUUUCCCCCUUUCUGAAAAUAUUCCACUUCUUUAUUGUCAUCUAAAAGAUUGUCUGGAAUUCAAAAACCCGUGUUUGUAAAAAUGUGACUCCCGAUUCGCGCCGAUUCAUAAGCCCCUCCCUCCCAAACAAUCUUUCCACUUUUUUUGUCUCACUAUUGAAAUCAUUCAAAGAAUUCUUUCACUGCAUGCACCGAGAUCUAUUAAUAAUUAGAAGGAUGCUGUCAUCCCUCUACUGGCACACAUUCCCUCGAAUCUAAUCAAAUCUUUCAUUCAUCAUUCGUCGUUUUUUUUUUCGUUCUUUUUUGUCUGUUCUCAAACAUAUAUAUUUUUUGUGUGUCCUCGAAUGUUCGCCCGAAAAAAUGAACAUUUUUCUAUUGCUCAGGGGGUUUUUUUCAGUAGAGCCAUCAUUGUAAUAUGUAAAAAGUUUUUUUUUCGUAAAUUCGAAUUAUCCUGUAUCAUCCGAUCAAUCGUUUUGCGUGGUGUGACAACAAUAUUUCAAAUUUUUAUUUUCGUUUUGAAGAAAAUAAAAUUUUAAUUGAAUAAACUUUUGAAUC